AUGCAAUUGCUGAUGAGUGGCAUGUUGUUUAUGCAUAUGAAUCGAUUCAUGUCGUCGUACGUGCUUGUGUAUGUGAGUGAGAUGUUGAACAGCAUGCAUCUGUUUACACGAAUGUUUGCAUCUGUUUACACAGCCCAACCGAACACCCUCUUAAUCUUGAACGCCUCCGCGCCGCAGAGAAGCACGGUAGGAAGCGAGGAUCCGCCACUGUUCUCUCCGGCCACGCUCGCAGCAGCCAAGACGCCCGCAGCACCACCCGCGGCCAUGAGUAUCUCAGGCGAGGUCCCCGACGAAGGCUCUGACGGCGAGGAGGUCUUCAUCGACGAGCAGGACAUCAUCCAGGAGAUACACCUCGACGAGGAAGAUCUCCCCGACCAUGAUGAUGAUGACGAUGACGAUGAGGAAGACCAAGAGAUGGAUGAGGUUGAGGAUCAUUCAGCUUAUGCAUUUCAUGGGCAUACAGAUGAGGUCUUUGCUGCUGCGUGCAGUCCUAUAGAUGCAUCACUUGUUGUCUCUGGAGGUAAAGAUGACAGAGGGUUUCUUUGGAGGAUUGGAUCUGCACAGGAAUUUCAGGAGCUGACUGGACAUGGAGACACGGUGUGCACUGUGGCUUUCAGUUCAGAUGGGAAAUUGGUGGCUUGUGGAAGUAUGGAUGGACAGAUAAAUGUAUGGAACACAGCUACACGGACACUUCAGGGAACCCUCGAGGGUUCCUCAGGAUCAGGCUUUGAGUGGCUCAGAUGGCAUCCACGCGGUAACUUGAUAAUUGCAGGAUCAGAAGACUGUAACGUAUGGAUGUGGAAUGCUGAGCACAAUGCCUUUCUCAAUACAUUUGCUGGUCACAGUAGCACAGUGACAUGUGGUGAUUUUACCCCUGAUGGUAAGCUUAUAUGUAGUGGAUCUGAUGAUGCAACAUUGAGGAUAUGGGAUCCCAGAAGCGCACAGUGCAGACAUGUUGUUCGGGGUCAUGGCUAUCAUACUCAAGGAUUGACAUGCUUAGCCAUUACUCCGGACUCCCAAUCAAUUGUUAGUGGCUCGGAGGAUAAUUCUGUGCACAUUGUGAGCAUAAACUCAGGCCAGGUUGUUGGUUCAUUAGUUGGCCACACCAAUUCCAUCGAGUGCAUUGGCAUCUCAUCGAGGUACAACUGGGUGGCUACAGGGAGCAUUGAUAGAACUCUCAUUAUCUGGGACCUUGCUCGUCAGGCAAUUCGAUCUACUUGUGAGCAUGAUGAAGGUGUGACAUGCCUGGCAUGGCUGGGUUCGUCGAGGUAUGUAGCGUCGGGGUGCAUCGAUGGCAUGGUGCGCAUCUGGGACAGCCUCUCUGGGGACUUGGCUCGCACGUUCAGCGGGCACAGGGACGUCGUGCAGUCACUGGCCGUCUCUGCCGACGGCAACUCCAUAGUCUCGGUCUCCACGGAUAAAUCUGCCCGUGUCUUUGACAUCUCUAUGUUCAAGUGA